CAACAUGCCACAUUGGCUUCAGAACCGCCAGCAGCUACUGUUUAACAUACAGAGCGUUUGAUUCUGUUGAAUCUGUUCUCCUCUACCUUUCCUGUCUGGAAAAGUACCAGGAUGUGGUUUUGAAUCAGAAUUGAAUUGAAUAUAUGAAACUUUGUUAGAAUUGAAAUGAUAAACUCAGGAAAAAAAGAAACGUCCCUUUUUCAGGACCCUGUCUUACAAAGAUAAUUAGUAAAAAUCCAAAUAACUUCACAGAUCUUCACUGUAAAGGGUUUAAACACUGUUUCCUGUUUCUUCACUGAAGAGUCGCGGUUUUGUCUCACCAGGGGUGAUGGUCAAAUGUGCGUUUAUCAUCGAAGGAAUGAGCGAUACACCGAGGCCUAUAGUCUGGAGCGGGAUCGAUUUUGGAGGUAGAGGGUCCGUCAUGGUCUGGGGCGGUGUGUCACAGCGUCAUCGGACUGAGCUUGUUGUCAUUGCAGGCAAUCUCAAGGCUGUGCAUUUUAGGGAAGACAUCCUCCUCCCUCAUGUGGUACCCUUCCUGCAGGCUCAUCCUGACAUGACCCUCCAGCAUGACAAUGCCACCAGCCAUACUGCUCGUUCUGUGCGUGAUUUCCUGCAAGACCGGAAUGUCAGUGUUGUGCCAUGGCCAGUGAAGAGCCCGGAUCUCAAUCCUGUUGAACACGUCUGGGACCUGUCGGAGGGUGAGGGCUAGGGCCAUUCCCCCCAGAAAUGUCCGGGAACUUGCAGGUGCCUUUGGUGGAAAAGUGGGUAAACAUCUCACAGCAAGAACUGGCAAAUCUGGUGCAGUCCAUGAGGAGGAGAUGCACUGCUGUACUUAAUGCAGCUGGUGGCCACACCAGAUAUUGACUGUUACUUUUGAUUUUGACCCCCCCCUCCUUUUGUUCAGGGACACAUUAUUCCAUUUAUGUUAGUCACAUGUCUGUGGGACUUGUUCAGUUUGUCUCAGUUGUUGAAUCUUGUUAUGUUCAUACAAAUAUUUACACAUGUUAAAUUUGCUGAAAAUAAACGCAGUUGAGAGUGAGAGGACUUUUCUUUUUUUGAGUUUAGUUUGUAAACUUGAUACACAGACAAUGAAUGCAAUAUCUACCAUAUUAAAACUGAAUAUAUUCAUGUUGAAAUUUGAGUUUUAAAACUAAAUGCAAUGUUAAUUCAAUUCAGUUUCUAGUCCUGAACUACAAGUUCAAUGAUUCAGUUUGUGCAUGACAAAUUCAAAAAGGUUUAAAUUCAAAAUCCUGCUGCUGUCUUUUGAGAAGCGUAUGUAGAUCGAAACUCGAGGGAAAAUCCUGACUCUGUGUUUGCAGUAAUUAAGCUGUCAAGUGGUGGGAUUUAGGACGUAUUGAGUAAGAUCAGCUCUUAUCAUGCAGGCCUAGAAGGACGAGGAAGAAAUAUCUCAUCCACUUCUUUCUUCGCCUAAUGCCCACAGGCCUUAUUUAUGUAGUGAAUAGAUAGACUGUCUAUUAGACAUUCUCAAAUUAUUACCAUAAUGGAAGAUGGCUGAGGAUUUGAGGAUGUAUGAAAUAUAGUCCUUUUGACACUGUCCAAAACAUUUGUUUUUAUAGCAACAAAUGAAGAUGGAUACUAAAGGCUUGUUUUAGGCACGUUAUUAUUAUCCCUCUAACUUGCACAAAUUCCUUCUACAAGAGUCAAUCUAAUCAGCUCUGUCUGGAGAGUAGUAUUCAUUAAUUCCCUUUUGUUAAUGGCAAGGUCUUUCUCAAUCAUAGUUGACACCGUUGACAUCAGCCCAGGCUUGCGUGUUAGCCAAACUCAAUCUCACUAUCGGAUCUGGAUUUGGAUCUGCACUGAUUGGAAUAAUUCACCUAAAUGAAGUUAAAAUUACACCCUCAUUCCUUUCACUUAUUAUCAUCCCCCUCAAUUCCAUUGUAAUCAGAACAGGAUUUACCCAACUCACUUCAAACAGCCUCCAUUGUUUGGUUGACCUCUCUCCUUUUUAACACAGUUCAGUUGUGACUGCGGGAUCUUGCUUGUGUUCCAGUGGAUGAGAUGACUGUGGUGGUGACCUCCAGAGCUUCGAGAGUGACCCAGUGAUGGCUCGUCCUGCCCCUGCUCCCCUGUACACCUUGAGGGGGGCUGGAUCCCCCCUUAAUGCCUUGCACUUCGGCUGCUGUGAAGGGGACCCUCCCCUGCUCUUUUCUGGCUCAGGCCAGGGGUCAGUCCAUGUGUGGAACCUGACCACCAGAAGAGCUGAGAGGGUUCUAGAAGGUCAUUCUGGAGCCUCUGUCACCUGGCUCAACAUGCUCCACUCCAGAGACACUCUCAUCAGUCAGGGGCGCGACAUGCGUGUGUGCUUGUGGGACCUGGCAGAGGGGCGCGGUGAUGUCACGGACGCCCUGUGGACCGGCAGUGUGGGGUUCUGUCGCUGUUCCCUGCUAGAGACUGGCCCUGGGAGAUGGCUACUGGCCCACGCUGGAGAAGCCAUGGAGGAGGUGAAGAUCAUUGAGCUGCCCAGCAAGAGCCCAGUUUGCUCCCUGAUACCACAAGCCAAGCUGGGGAUGGUCAUGUGCAUCAAGCUAUGGCAGCCAGACUCAAGCCCUGGCCCUCUCCUCCUAGCUGGUUAUGAGGACGGCUCCCUGGCGCUGUGGGACGUAUCCCAGAGGUCCGUGCUGAGCCGUGCGGCCGCCCACCCUGAGCCCGUCAUGUGUCUGGACUUUGACUCCGCCGGGCAGAGGGGCAUCUCUGGCUCCUCCGAGAAGAGUCUCGCCUCCUGGAACUUUGACGGACAGCACAGACUCCAGCUCCAGGAACCCGUAGCCCUUGUGAAUCCUGGGAUCUCCCAGCUGUGCAUCCGGGGGGACCGGAAGAUCGUGGCAUCGGCCGGCUGGGACCAUCGUGUCCGUGUGUUUGGCUGGAAGAAGCUCCGGCCCCUGGCUGUCCUCCAGCACCACACAGACAUGGUGCUGAGCCUGGCCUUCUCAGACCACCAGGACCCCAGGAACAGGAUGCUGGCCGCGGGCUCCAAAGACCAGCGCAUCAGCCUCUGGUCCAUAUACAACCAGGGCAGCUCGGACACUGGGUGAGCCACUGGGCCCUGUUGGUAUGUUAUAGGGAGUCUUCUCGCCAGUGAUUAUACCAACUCUUUUACGCUCCUUUUACUAUCCCAGGACUAUAUCUGAAUGUACUGACUAGAGCUGGACUAUGUGAACUACUGGGUAGGAACUUCUGUCUCAGACUGUGAAGACAUUUCCGACAUAGCCAAGAUGGAUCAGGUCAGGAUGAGAUGUCUUUGUGCUUCCAAACAAAAGCUGUCAAGACGGCUGUUUAGUUCUGCUAACAAUUCACUGAGACUUAAUUUGAACACAUUAUUUUUGGUCAAAACCAACUGUUUUAUUGUGUUUGCUUAUCUGGUAGGAGAUUUGCCUGAGCGGACUUGAAUUUGAGGUAUAAGUCGCGCCUGAGUGACUGUGUAAUCCUGUGUUGUUGAUCUAGUUUAACAUUGCCCUCUGCUCUGACCUACACUGCAUCAGUCAAACAGGGUUAACCACAGAACUUGGACAGAAGAGACAAAGCUGUUUGUUAAGGAGGGCCACUGAAUAAUCUUCCCUCAACUAGAGAGGCUGUCAGUACGGAUUUGGACUUAAGAGGUUACUUGUAUUUUCAGUUUGGUCUUAAAUGUAUUUCUGUUUGUCAUUGUGAGUACAAUAUGUUGCCCCUGUGCAUUGUGGGAAAAAUGUGUCAAAUUCAAACUGUGAUUGGAUGCGUUUUAAGGUCCGCCAAAUGUAAAUAGUAUCUGCUGUGCUUUUCAACUUUUUUAUUUCCUGGUAAUAAAUAUGUUUUUCUGUACAUCCA